UCGGGCGGCGAUUGGCCGAGUCCGGAGGCCCCUCCCCGCCCCUCAGCGAGCAAGCUAGGCCGGCACGUAGGCGAGGCCUGAGGCGGCAGCCACCGCUCCUCUCCCUCCCACCUCGGCUCCGCCUUCUUCCUUCUCGCCUCCUCCCAGCCGGGCUCGGCAUUCAGGAGGGACACUCGCCGGGCGGCGGCUCCCCUCCCUUCGCCUCGGACCCCCCCGCCCGCCAACUUGAUAAGCGGUUUUUGAGAUCCAGGGCAUACUAAAGAAUUAUCUGCUUAAGUUUUUAGCUUGCAAAGCUGCUGAGCCAUGGCUGACUUGGACCACAGUCUGAGUCUGGUGGAUGCCCUGACGGAGCCCCAGCCGCAGAUCGAGGAGGAAGUGAAACGGGAUUUCAUCGCCACCCUGGAAGCAGAGAAAUUUGACGAUACGGUUGGAGAAACGGUUGGCAAAACGGACUAUGUCCCUCUUCUAGAUGAUGACGACCCAAAGUCUGGGAACCAGGAAGUGAAAACCAAACCCCAUGCGGACAACGUUCCUGUGGAGCGUAUGUCGGCAACUGGACCGGCAGCCGUGGUCGAGAAUGGCGAUCAUGGGAUAGAAAGCUCCAAGAAGGUGUCCCCAGGAAAGACCAUGGAUGAAAAAAUGUCCUACGAGGAAUUUCUGGACCGCAAUGACUCAUGGACAGUGGACGACAGGGACCAUCGCUUUGAGUCACAGUUGCCAUUUAAGCCCAUGGAUGUGUCAGAGCCUUUUAAGAUGCACCGCGAAGACGUCCUGUCUGAUCUACUGCUGCUUCCUCAGGAAAUGACGAACGUGCCACCUUUCGGGGAGUAUUUCGGAGUUUCAGAAGAAGUCCAUGCACCUUAUGGAGCUGCAGGGGUACCCGAGCAGCCCCCUCUAGGAGCCCAACACUCCCCUGCAAGCAUUUUUGACCCACUGGCCUUCCUCGUUUCUGAUUCGGGGGCAGAGUCUCUGCUGAACCAGAACAAAGCAGCUCCUGCAAGAGAGAUGGGAUCUCCUGAAGAUUUCUGGUUGGGAGGUCAGCACUUAGUGGAGGGACAAGGAGUCCCUUUCUUUGCGCCGCCAGUGCCCAGCAAGAUUCCUGAUGCAGCAGAGAUGCACUUCCCGGGAAGCCUCCCCAUGGGUCUGAUAGAUGUCGCGGGGCCUAAACUCCCAAAGUCGAAGGAGUCGUCAUCAGCAGGUUCUCCUCCAGUCGGAGGUACCGGUCCUGCCCCUGCAGUGGAAGAGCUGAUAGGGUUUGAGCCUUCAUCUGACCACACAUCUUUGCCACCUGAAGACACUCCAGCAGGCUUUCCAGAAGCUGCUGCGGAAAAGGAGCAAACAGUGAAGGCUGUGGACUCCAUGGCUCCUGGCGCCGGCAGUUUCCCUGUGUUGGAGAAACGGGAGGAGAGCAAGCCUUCCCCCACCCAGCAGAAGGAGAAGGAAGGAAGCAGCUGGUCUUCCAUGUGGAAGGCAGAAGAGGAGGCAGCAAGCAUGCCUCCUUCCGGUCCGAAGGCUGAAGACCGUCAGGCUUUCCUCAACCAGCUGGCAGGGGAGGUGGCAGCAGCAGCAACCAGGCCCCCUGACCAGAAAGCAGAAGAGAGCAAGCCCUUCCUCUUCCUUCCCACAGAGAAGGAGGAGAGUAAGCCUCCAAGCCCCAAAGGUGAAGAGCUUCAGGCUUUUCCCACCCAGCACACAGAGAAGGUAGAGGAGAGUAAGCCUUCUCCCACCCAGCAUGUGCAGGAGGCCCCAAACCAGCCUUCUGCAGCCCAGAAAGCAGAAGAACUCGAGGUUCCUCCCAGCCAACACUUGGAGAAAGUAGGAGAGAGCAAGGUCUCUCCUAGCCAGUCCACGGCGGCGGAUCAGGAAGAGGCCAAGCCACCCUCCUCCCCCAGCCAAUCCUUGGAGCACUUUCCUGUGCUGGAGAAGCUUGCUGAGAAGGACAGGCUGCCUCCCAGUAAACCUGCCGAGAAGCCAGAGGAGCACAAGCAGCCACGGUUCACUCAGCCUGUGGAGCGCCUUCCAGAGCCCGUGGCAGAGUCAAAGGAAUCGGUACCCCUGGGAGAGUCCAAAGGUGACACGGAACAGCUUUUGGCUUCUACUCUUGCCGAAGUGGCCAAGCCAAAGGAAGCGUCUGAGCCUGGCCCUGCCCAGCCCGUGGAGCUGCCCCAGGAAAAAGUCUCUCUGGAACCUGCAGGUCCACUUCCUGCCCAAGUAAGGCGCGCUAACAAAUCGAGUGACCACCGCAGGCUUGGCAGAGUGAAACCUGCCCGGCUGCCUGUGGCAGAUGACCCAGAGGAGCUUCUUGCAGGCCUCCCAGCUGCAACCAAGAGCCAUGAGCGAGGAGGAGACCCCUUUCCUGCAGCAGAGUGUGGCAGCUAUAUCGCUGGGACGUCCCCCCGGAGCAAGGCUCCUCACAGGAAAGCAGCUGGCCAGCCGUUUGAGUUUGGAGAGGCCCACAGAGAGGGCUUCAGAGGAGAGAGCUGGGAUCAGGACGCUUCAGCAGCAUUGAAGAAGAAGAAGAAGAAGACGAAGCAGAAGAGGAGCCAGCAGCUGAGGGCGGCUGAGACGUGGGAGGACAACUCUGAAAGGCUGCGAGCUCCCCGAAAGUCUGAGCUCCCUGUUACUGAGCCCCAUGAGAGUGCCAAAGAGGUCUCAGGAGCCCCUGCAGAAGUCCUUGACAGGGAUCCCUUCAAGCUCAAAAGAGAGGGCCAGCUCCUCGAUGGUCUGCAGAUCCUCACUCCAGUUCCUGCAAAAGGAGAGCUGGCCCUGCAGCCUGGAGGCGCUUCUAAACUUGCGCUGGAUGCAAAAGCAGGAGAAUUUGACAGAGCAGAAGCGAUGAGUGAUGACAGCUUGGAAUUGCCACCUCAAAGCAAGAGCAGGAAGCCUCCUGCAGAGCCAUCGAAGCAUGGUGCCCAGCAGGAUGUGCCAGGAGGCCCCACCGAGCCACAGGCUGCUCCUCUGGAAGUGCCCCCUUUUGGGAAAAGUAGGAGAUCGGAGGGCCAGGCUCAUAAGGACUUGGGCCCUGGCAUGUUCCCUUCAGCGACCAAACCUGCUGUGAGCAGGGAAGUUGAGAUCACACCUGCAAAACCUGCAGUUGCAGAGGAGAACGUGGCCCCAGAGGGCCUGGCUCCUUUCCGGGAGGUGUUGGCAGAGGAGCCAAAGAGAGAAGAGAAAGGUGGAAGGGGCAAAAGGGCUGGCGAGGGAGCGGCCAAAUCUCCAGUUGUAGCAAAGACAAUGGAACUGACCAAAGAAACGAGUUCCCCAGAUAAAAGCAAGGAGAGAAUCCCUGUUGCAUCCGAGUCUCUGUCAGAAGCAAGCCCCUUUCGGGAGCUUUCGCCAGGAGAUGCAAAGGGGAGCAGCCCGGCAAAAAGUGUGACCCUUGAUUUUGGUUCAGUGGGAAUUCCCUUUGUCUUGGAAACCAAGUCAGAGCCUAUCAAGCCUCUGCCUCCCGCUGAGAUGUUUGGCAGUACUAAAGUGCCUUCUACUGAUACAAGCAGGGCAGCUAGCUCCAGCCCUCCGGAACAGCCAGCUGGGGCUGUUCCCAGGCUGGGGAGUGACCAGCCUAAAAAGAGGGGCAGUGAUGGGAGAAGCAAGAGAGCUAACAAUUCCUCAGAUCAGCGGCGGUCUCUGUCGGAGGACAGGGCCAGUCUGAGCAAAGCGUCAGGCGCAGAGGGUUCUGGGACACCUGUUGAGACCAGCUUUGCAGCUGGAAGCAGCGAGGCAGGUGGCUUCUCUAGCGCAGUGGAGAGUGAAGCAGUUCUUGGUUCUGCAGGAGUGGCCGAGAAACCAAAGAGAAGUAGCGAUGGGAAGAGCAGAAAGGCUGUGAAGAGAAGCUCGUUGGGGGCGUCAUUUUCUCCAGGGGUGGAGAAUAGCACCGGCCACCUUCCUGCUGAAGUGAACAGAGCCGGCCAGACUAAAGAGAGAACAGAUUCCAGCCCAGGGGCUGAUUUCUUAGCUGCGAGCCAGCUGUUGGAAGCUGCUGCAGAGACAGCAAAGCUGCAAACUCUCGCUGCGAUGUCCUUGGUGGAGGAAGCAAAGGGGGCUCCGGACAGCAAAAGCGAAUGGCUUGACUUCCCUUCCUCAGCAUACCCUUUUAUCGUGGGAGCACCAGCCAAGGGUACCGAAUGCCCCGUGUGCCCUUCUGAAACAAAGGGAGACGCUGCGUCUGGUGAAGGUGUCUCCGUUUUAGAGAGCCCCACCGUAGCAGAGCCCGCCUCGGAGCUUCCAGCAGGCAAACCCAAAAAGAGGAGCAGUGAUGGGAGAAGCAAGAAAUCUGGGAAAAGUCCUUCAGCACAGCCGUUCCUCUUGGAGGCAGCAUCCGACCCCGCAAGCAUGCCUCCCAAGAAGGCCGAUGUCUCUAAAGAGGCAGGUUCUGCUGACGGGGUCCAGGCGCCUGGGGAUGCCGCUCUGCUCCAACAGCGAGAGAGCAGUCAAGCACCGCUUCCUGCUGCAAAACCAACGGCAGAAACUGAAGUGCAGAGGAAGGGGGAGUUAGGCACAAGGCUGGAAAAGAGUUGCUUUGAGCAGCCGCCCGCCUCUGAUCUGAAAACCAGCACCCCAAAGCCGGAGCUCUUCACUAAAGCCAAAGAGACCCUUUCCGCUGCUGAAGGGCAGGAAGCCAGCCUAGAGCUUUGUGUGGGAGGCAGAAGAGAGGGGCCGAAACCCCACCAUCCCCUCCUGGAGCUGACAGCAGAAGAACAGAGGGCAGCAAAGUUGGAAGGGCAAAGCCAUCAGGUUUGCAGCCAAGCUUUGGAGGCAAAGCCUGAACCUGCUAGACCAGGUACUGUAGAAAAGGAGGUGGCCAAAACCGAGGAGACUCCGUCGCCCCCGAGCGAAGGCAAAGAGAAAGGGUUAGACCAUCCCUUGGAGGAUACCAAAGUGGCAGGCCAAGCCGCUGUUACAUCGCUUGUGGUGGAGACAUCAAGAGGUGCUGAGGAAAGGAAGAACAGAAAGGGCGAGCCUUGUUUGGAACAUCCCUUUCUUUCGGGGGCCAAGGGGGAGGUGGGCGUGCUUUUGGCUUCUGAACUGGAGGAAAAACCCAGAGAGCCAUCUUCUCCUCGAAGCGGCAAGGAGGGAAGCGGCGGUGGCUCAGCUCUUUCCAGUCGGCAUGACCUCACUGCCAAAGCCGCAAAGAGGGGCAGUGACAGGAAAAGCAAAAAGGCUGCGAGUGGUCCCAACCAGCCCACUCUGCAAGAGAAGGCAGACUCAAGCAAAGGACAGCAUCCCGAGGUGGCUGGCUUCCUCCAAGGUAUGGAAGAAACAGAGCUUGUCGAUGAGAACAGAAAUAUUAAAAGCCUUCCCCCAGGGCAUGAGAUUCUGUGGGAAGAGAACAGAAUGAGCUUGUUUGGCCCCUCUGUUCUUUUUGGUGCCAGUGGUCUCAUCGAAGCAGCUUCCAAAAGCCAAGGGCUGGGAUGCCCCUUUCUAGAAGACCCAGGCAAGUUUAUGGCCGAACUAAGCAAAGAGGAGCUUUUUCUUCCCGCAAUACAGAAAGAUGCCAGUAAAAGUGGCCGGGAGGAUCAGCGUGAGGUGCAGGAGAAUUCUGCAAAGUCAGAAGGUCAAGGGGCCAUGAUAGAGACUUCCCUUUUGGUGAAAGCAGGUGAUGAAACUAGGGAGAAGAGGAAGAAAAGCAAACGGCCCCCGUCAGAGCGCCUUGCCAGACAGGAGGCCAGAGCUGGAAAGGAUCAGGCGCUCUGCUCCGUUCCGGCAGAACACGGAGGAAAAAACCUCCUGGAGCAAACGCAAAGCUCAGGACUUGGCUCCUCCAAACUGCCAGUGGACGAGGAGCCAAAGGUGGCUCCCCUGCUGGUUGCUGGAGCAGAAGGAAUUGGCUUGGUUGGGAGAGGGACCAUCGUCCCUCCCGUGGAAUUGCCGGCCCUUUGGCAGAACAAGAGGGAAGCAGCAGCGCUCCAAGCUCUGACGGCCGCUCUCGUUGGUGGCAGUGGAGAGCCAACAGAGUUAGCAGAAAGCAGCAAAGGAGCUGAGCUGAGGACCUCUGAAGGUCUUGAUAGCUUAGGAAGUAAGGCAGGGGCAGAUAAGGCCCCGGAGGAUGUCCACAUGGAGGAAGCGGCUCCUGCUCAUAAACCUAAAGACCUUUCUAAGCAUCCGGAGCUGGAUGAUGUGAACGAACCAAAGAUCAGCCUGCCUGUGCAGGCGGCCGGCGAGAAGGAGAAGGCACGUCUGCAAAGGGAGGCAGCUGAGCCAAAGAGCAUGCCAAGUUUGGGAUCUGAACCUGGCGAGGUGAUUCAGCAAGCGAUGGUUGCUGAUUGUGGUGACCAAGUUGCAAGAGAGACCAAGAAAGAGGAAAGAAAGGCUAAAGCUCCUGAGCAAAUGAAAGGCUACAUGAGACCCACAAAGUCGUCAAGAGGGCUUCCUCCUCCUCCUCCUCCACUGAGAGUUGCUGCUCCAGAGCAAGGCAGGAGAAGGCCCGCGAAACCGGAUGGCCUGAACCUGCAAAGGCAAGCAAAACCAGAAGAAAUAAAACCAGCCACUGAGGUUGUGAUGACGAAUGACAUUGCAGCCCCUCCAAGCAAGGAGCUUCCACCAAGCCCUGAGAAAAAGGCCAAGCCUUCAGCCUCCACUCCGGCGGCAAAGCCUGCUGCAGUGAAAACCAAGCCGGUGCCCCCUGCUGCUGCUGCUCCCGCCAAGCGGCCGGCUUCCACUACGCCAGGCCAAAACAAAAAAGCCGCCAGCCCCACAGCCGGUCCAGCUGCAGCCACCACCCCUAAACGCCCAGCAACAGGCACCACACGGCCCUCCACCUUAACUCCUAAAGACUCUAAGCCAAAGGGGACAGAUGCAAAGAGCCCAGAUAAGCGAACCUCCCCUCUGAAGCCACCGUCCUCCACAACUCCUCGGCCAAGCACAAAGAGCAGCCCAGCUACCCCCAAGCCAUCGACAGCGCUGACGAGUACGAAUGCAUCAAGCCCACGGAGCACAGCUGCUUCCCCGCCCAAGAGGCCUUCCACCAUCAAGACAGACGCGAAGCCCACCGAUGCCAAGAAGACUGCUGCAAAAUCUCCGUCAGCCGACCUCAGCCGUCCAAAGAGUGCCCCGGCCUCCUCCACUGCUAAAAGCAGCGCCACCACUCCAACCGCUGCUUCUCCUGGCCUUCCCGGAACUGUUGCUAGCCGGCCCAAGCCAGCUGUGCCCAGACUCUCGGGGACGGGGAGCGCAGCCGCUGAUUCCAAGAAGGCCUCCAUGCUCAAAGCUGCGCCCCAAACCAGCCCUGUUCCCAAGCCCCCACGGCCCCCAACCAGCGUAUCUGCCCCCGACCUGAAGAACGUCCGCUCCAAGAUUGGGUCCACAGAUAAUAUCAAGCAUCAGCCUGGUGGAGGAAAGGCAAAAAUAGAAAGAAAGGCAGAGUCAGCCGGGGCUGCCCGAAAGCCCGAACUCAAUGCAGUGUCUAAAACGGCUACCACUAAAACAGCUGUUUCAAAAGAGGGCGCCCCAAAGCAGCCCAAUGGGAAAGUCCAGAUAGUCUCCAAAAAAGCCAACUACAGCCACGUCCAGUCCAAGUGUGGGUCUAAGGACAAUAUUAAGCAUGUCCCUGGAGGUGGGAAUGUUCCAAAUGCCCAAAGGCCAACUUCGGGCAACCACUCCCAGCCGUCCACCGCCCCCAAGCGCAGCCAGGGCAGUACCAAUGUCCAGAUCCUGAACAAGAAAAUCGAUCUGUCUAAAGUAUCCUCAAAGUGCGGCUCAAAGACAAACAUCAAGCAUAAGCCAGGGGGUGGAGAUGUCAAGAUUGAAAACCAGAAGCUGACCUUUAAGGAGAAAGCCCAGGCCAAGGUGGGCUCUCUGGACAACGUAGGGCACGUCCCCGCUGGGGGCACGGUGAAGACUGAGGGGGGCGAGGAGGGAGCCCCGCAGAAUGGAGCUGUGAUUGCCCCCCUGCCAGGCGGCAGUCCCAUGCAGGAGAAUGGCGUAGGGUUGGCCGCGCCCACUCAGGGCGGUGGUGACCAAAGGGAAAUUCAGUGCUUCGACACUCGCAUACAAGAAACAAAUUGAGUCCCACAAGCUGACGUUCCGUGAGAAGGCCAAGGCCCACACGGACCACAGAGCGGACCCCGUUCUCUCCAACCACCCCCCUGUCGUUUCUGGUGGCACCUCCCCUCGGCGAAGCACCUCCGUCAGCGAGAGCCUGGGCUCUGUCGCCUCCUCCUCUCUGCCGCCGCCACCACCACAGCUGCUGCCGCCGCCACCACCACAGCUGCUGCCGCCGCCACAGCAGGCUCCCCUCGCGGAGGAGAUCUCUGCCGCUCUCUCUCAGCAAGGCUUGUGACUCUGCCCCCCUCCCCCUUGCCUCCUGCUGUCCCCGAUCCUCAAAGCUCGUCUCCGUUAACCCGGGCCCUGGUUUUGGCCCAAAUGGGGUGUGCUGGGCUUCCCGCCCCUCGGGAGGUCUCAAGAGCGCGCCGGUCCUUUGCAUCGGCCUUGCCCCAGAGUGCCACGACCUCGGGGGGGGGGUCUGCUGGGGAUGGAAAUGGCCUCCCCAGCUGCCUGGGUAUUCCCCCCCGGGAGUGAAGUGUGCAUUUGAGUGUUUUGGUUUCCUGCCGUUCUGUGGGGAGGAGGGCUGGUCUGUAACGUCCUUGGAAGAGCCUGAGGCCAGGGGGGAGUUGACAGGGGGUAGGAGAUGAGCUUUGCUGUCUUCCCUUCUCCCCUCUCCCUGCAGCCCUUUCCAUCUCCACUACAGCUUUGUGUGCUGCCUCCUAUUGAAUGCUGGUCUAUGAUAUUCUCACACAUAACUUCACGCUCUUUUGGAACGCGUUGACUCCUUAACCCUCUUCCUUUUUAUUUCCCCCCUCCUUUCAUUGUGAUAAGGGGGGGAAAGCGAAGUGUUUUUGCUGAUUGCUCUCGCUAUAUUGCAGGCUCACGCUUCCCCCCCCCCUUGCCAUAGGAGAAUUACAAGAACCAUUAACCACUGCUGCAACGCUGCUAGCUUCUUAUCAACAUAUCCAGCCAUUUUAACUGUUCUUUCUGUUCUGUUUUCUUUUGUGUGGGGUUUAAUUUGUGUGUGUGUGUUUGUGUGUGUUUUAAAAAUAUCCUUGAAAUGAUGGAGCAAAAAUUGCAUUAAGCCAUGCUGAUUAAAAGUUCUUGAGGAUGCAUUCAGAGGAGUAGGGGGAACGCUGCUUGCUGCAACUGUAGAAAGCCACCAUCAGGUCCUUUCUUAACCUGCAAGAGAAGCCCUAGGCUGGCUGUUUUAGGAAGGGUUUAUUGCAUGCGUCCAGUAGGAUUUUCCCAUUGAGGGCUAGUUCCCCUGUCCCUCCACCCUGUAAUUUGCUUCUGUCAAGUCAGCUGGGGAAGGGGAGGGAAAUAUAUUUAUUUAAUCCGUGUCCCUGUGGAUUUGGCUCUGGGACGUGCAUGUUGUAAUAGAAGCUGGAACAGGGUCUGGCAUUUGUUAGUAAGCGUAUCAGUGGCAGAGAAGCAGUCUGGUGGGGGGUGGGCAAGAGAGCAAGAGGGCAUAGGCUGCUCCCUCCCCAGAGAGACCGAGAAAGGGUCAUUUGAAAGUGUCUGAGGGUCUGAAGAGGCGGAGCCCGCAUGAGGCUGGCCAGGUGAGCUUAAUGUGCCACGGAGAGAUCGCGCUUCUCUCCUUUAGAGGAGGAGAAUCCCCUGCUUGCUUUUUUCUUCGAGGGGUGGGGGGUGGCAAUGAGGGUCUGAGCUCUUUGUUUUUGCAUUGCAAAUGACACUAAAAUGAAAUGUAAAUAAAACUCUGAAAAUUGUGUGUUGUGAGAGUCGUGGGGGAUUCUAAUUUAAAAUCUGAAAAACCAAACUGCAGGGAACAAAUUGUGGGGGUGGGGGUGGGGAGGAAGGUGCUGGGGAAGAGGGGGUGCGUAAAGACAACCCAGCUCCCACCUUGAUCGCUCCCUCUCGUCAGGAUGCUUCUCAGUGACAGUCUAAACCCAGGCGCCACAUUCACACACACAGACGUAUUGCACUUGUGGCAUUGUUUUUAUAUAUAUAUAUAUAUAUAUAUUAAAAGUUGCAUGAUUUCUAAUAAAAUGGCUUUUUAAACCAUA